GUUACGGUGUCCUAUAGUAGAGUAGAGUUUAAAUAAAUCAUUCGCGAGUCAAUGCUCGGUAGAAGUGGAUUGGCGGAAGCAAGGGGUGACGCUGGGAAGCCCAUUGGCGGACGUAGACUAAUCGAGGAGUAAAAGAUUCCAACUUGGAUUUGAGAAGUUGACAAAUAAAUGGAAGGUGGGGCAAAUGUCAGAAGCGAGGUGUCUGUUUUGGACAGAGUGACGCGGGUUCGAAUCCUGCAGCCUUGCGGACUUCGAACAUCACGGAGUCGCAGUCUUUGAUGAGUAUAGAACAUCUUGGCAAAAAAGAAAAUUCUUCUUCCUGGUCUUGAUCUUGGGCAGAAAGAGAGCAAGCCAAAGAUUCUAAAGUGUUAAAUAAAUUCAGGCAAGCGAAAAAAGCUGCUUGACAAAGAAAGAGCAGAAGCGGAGAAAGAAAGGGAAAUGACCUAUUUUUUGGACUGAAAGAAAAUUAGACCCCAAAGAGUCCUUCUUUACCACUUUUCAGAUAGAGGGGGUGAAAAUGAGGUAUCUUAUUUUGAGCGCAAACGGUAUGAAACGUAAAUUUCUUGUUUUGAAUACUACUUCUAGUGUUCAGAAGAAAGAAGGGAUGGGGGAAAGCCAAAAGAAAGCCCUAUUACAGAUCGACAAGCCAAAACGAGGAAAGGGAGUAGCUAUGAACAAUCAACCAAUGCCAAUGAUGGUCAACACCUCCUUGAUACGUUCCUUUUAUACUGAGUCCGGUAUGAGUCUUCUUCGUAACGCCGCAUUCUCCGCUGUCAGGAUUUCCAAGUGCAUGUAUCUCACUAGUGGUUUGAAUCUAUAUAGCGAUAAUGGAAAUUAUCGUAUAGUCAACACAGUAGCUGUAACGAACAGCGCUUUGUCCUUUAUUUAGAUCUAAAUAGGCGACAACUGCGCUGAAUGAGAAAGCCUUUUUUUCCCAUAUCUUUGUUUCCGAGACAAAGUCGGAACAACUUUUUUUUCUCUUGCCCCUUAUAACAUAUGAAAUGAAAUUAUUAUACAUAUAAGUACUUUUUCAAUCUCAUAUAUAACAUAUAGGGCAAAAACUUACAAGAGGCGGAAGCAGGGUUGGUUGCAUACCUGCUAUAAGUGGGAAGCCCACAUGCCUUACUUACUAAAAAAAGAAAGUAUAUCCGUUGAAUCGAUUUUAUCUUUCCCUAAAAAAGAAGAAGUUGCCAUGACCAUGAAACGAAAGCUUUGCAUUUAUCAAUAUGGAUCCGAAUUAAAUCCAACACAUCCAACUCGUUUUUCGCCCAGCGAUUGGUUGGAUAUUUCCAUUUCUCCAUCUAGUUCCGCUUCUGAGGCGUCCACUGGGGUCCGAAAUGAGCUGGCUUCCUCUUCUCCACAAGAGCUGAGUGACAACUUUAAUAAAAAUAGAAUUCUUCGUUUCUUUCAAGAGAAGAUAGAGGAAAUAGGAGGGGGGGGCUUGCCAUCCAGCUGGUCUCCCGAAGAAUUUACCCGGCUGGUGAUUGGGGAAGAGGAGACAACCUUAACAGAAGAGCAAGGUGAUGAAAAUGGGGAUGAUGUUUAUUUAGAGGCGCCACCAGUUAAAGGACAGCCUGGUCACGACUACUACCAAAAAGUGAACACGAACAUGAAGAUUCCACAUGGAGGAGUGUGCCUCUCUACGUCGGGUGUUCUUCUGUCGUGCGACCCGGCGGCUUAUGUGCGACCAGUGGCCCACGCCUCCUAUUUGUUCAGGGCGGGCGGCGUGAACUCUGAUUUUCUCCGGGUAUUCAAUCCCGCCGCUGAGAUGCUCAGUUGACUCCUUAACCUUGAUAGGAAGAUGGCUUAUUCAAUAAUUCGUGCAUAAGGGUAAGGAACUUUGGAUGAACUAAUGCGAAUGGGUGUAAGCCUCGCUGCUCGGAAACACCCAGUGCUGACCACACUGAGAGACACGAAAGCGCAGGUAACGCCAGUUGGCGAAGUGG